GUGAAACCGAACCAACACUACCGACCCUCAGUCCAUACCUGCUAAUGUAGCAAGCUGGCUAGCAAACCCAUGUAUUCGAAAAUCAUUAGACAUAAAACAUUUACUGAAACACGAAGAAGGUGGAAUCUGGUGCACACUGACUGACCUCCACCUCUGACGUAGAUAAAGUAACAUUAUGACUUCGGUGCUCUCAGAGUGCUAAUGCUCCCACGGAUGGAGUGACAGACGGAGAGAGUGAGAGAGCAAAGGAGAGAAGAGCGAGCAGAACAGACGGCAAAGAGUAAUGGAUUAUGACCGAAGGGGGGGCAGGGGAGACCGCAUGGGUCGCUAUGGCAACAACAGUUCCUCCGACCAUGACUACCGGGACACAGACUACCGACAGGAGGAGGGCGAGGACGGGACAGGAUACCACCACCCCGCUGGCGCUGGCCGGGGUGACCAACCCGUGGGUGUCCGGGAGUUCCCGGCCCGUCUCCAUGACAACAGGCCAGGGUUCCGGCUGAGAGGUGGAGGUCGAGGGGAAUGGGGCAGUCCGCGGCGGGGGGGUAAAGGGUUCCCGCUGCCAUGCCCCCCUCGCUCCCUGACAUUACCCCAGCCAGAGGUAUCCCUCCCCAGGCUGCACAGAGAAGAGAGGCAGGGCGAAGGAUCCGGGAGGGACUUCCAGAGCUUCAGACCCGGCUCAGAGACCAGGGACGGGUUGGGAGGGGGAGGAGGGAGAGGUUACCCUGAGAACCACACCACUCACCCUGGGGGGAGAGAGGGAGAUUGGGGGAGGAUGGGAAGAGGAAGUAGAGGCAGAGGUUUCGCCCCCUCUGCACAGGAGGACUACAGCACUGCAAGACGGGGAGGAGGAGAGGAGGAGCCGUUUCCUGGAGGGGAGGAGCAGUUCCCCCGAGGAGGAGAAGAGGAGCGGUUCCCCCGAGGGGGAGGAGAGGAGCGGUUCCCCCGAGGGGGAGGAGAGGAGCGGUUCCCCCGAGGGGGAGGAGAGGAGCGGUUCCCCCGAGGGGGAGGCGACGAACGGUUCCCCCGAGGGGGAGGCGACGAACGGUUCCCCCGAGGGGGAGGCGACGAACGGUUCGCCCUAGGAGGAGUAGACGAGCAGUUCCCCCGAGGAGGAGUAGACGAGCAGUUCCCCCGAGGAGGAGUAUCAGGAAAGAGAAAGGGUUCAUCCAUAGGGGGUCCAGGUGACGAUCGUGGCGUUGGGGGAGGGGGUAGAGGAAGCAGGGUCCCGGCUCUCCUAGCGGGGGUCCUCGGGCCCGUUCCUGGGGUUCCAGAGGCCCCGUUGUCUGUGUUAGAGGAGCCUGACCAGAGGGACCUGUUGGAUUACAGAACAGACGCUCUGGAGCAGAACCAGCGGCCCUCCAACAUCAUCAUGUUACGCAUGCUGCCGCCGAACGCAACCGCCAACGAGGUGGGGAUCCGCGCCCAGCUCCAGGACCAGGGGAUUGACCCGACCGAGGUUCUGAUCCGUCUGAUGAGGAAUAAAUCUUCAGGUCAGAGUCGUGGAUUCGCCUUCGUGGAGUUUAAUCACAUACAGGAGGCCAGCCGAUGGAUGGAGACCAACCAGAAUGUUCUGUCUGUGCUGGGGCAGAGGGUGUCUAUGCAUUACAGUGACCCAAAACCUCGUGCCAAUGAAGACUGGCUCUGCAAUAAGUGUGGGGUUCAGAACUUCAAGAGGAGGGAGAAGUGCUUCAAGUGUAGCGUUCCUAAAUCAGAGGCUGAGCUGAAACUGCCCCAGCUGAGAGAGCUGCCCCUGGGGCAUCAGAAGGACGGUGCUCAGGGCCUGUUGCCCCUCCCUGCAGUCUACCAGCCUGUUGUUGCCUCCUCCACAUCCCUGGGCGACCCUGGGGUCGGGGUCAUUAACACACAACAGGCGGAGGUUGCCAACGACACUCUGAUUCUGAGGAACCUGGGCCCACAUACCUCAGUGGACUCCAUCUUGUCUGCUCUGGCUCCGUUCGCCAGCCUGUCUCCUUCCAACGUUCGGCUGAUCAAAGACAAACAGACUCAGCUGAACCGGGGCUUUGCGUUCCUUCAGCUGUCUACCAUUGUGGAAGCGUCCCAGCUCCUCCAGAUUCUGCAGGCAUUACAACCGUCUCUCUCGAUAGAUGGGAAGGCCAUCGCAGUGGAGUUUGCCAAGGGAUCCAAGAGGGACGUGUUUCUGACGGACGGGGGCAGAGUGAGUGCCGCCACGGUCGCCAGUACCGCCAUCGCCGCAGCUCAGUGGGCCGUUACCCAGACAGCCCAAUCCUCUGCUUCACAGCAGCAGGGUGUGGAUGUGGAGCUGUACCAGCAGGGGGCAGCAGUCACACUGGGAAUCUAUGGAGGUCAGGACAACCAGGACUUCACUGUGGGAACCGAGGGCCCGGCCUUCAAAGCCCAGACAGGGGGAACGGGUACUGUCCUACCCAGCCCCGGUGCUGGCCUGAUGGGGGCAUACACAGGAACAGCAGUUGCAGUCUCAUCUCAGACCGCCUUUUCUGCCAUGGACGGUGUGCAGAUCUGUCACGGUCAGUCACAGACUCCACUUAUCACCACGGCAACAAAGCAGGCCAAUCAGGUUGAGAUAGUGGGUAAGCCCCAGCCAGCCACCCCCUCCCAUCCAGCUACCCCAGGCACUCCCCACGAGUACCAACAAUACCCUGUUCCGGACGUGUCCACUUACCAGUAUGAGGAGAGUUCUGGGUUCUACUACGACCCUUUAACUGGACUCUACUACGACCCAAACUCACAGUAUUACUACAACCCAGUGACUCUCCAGUAUAUGUAUUGGGAGGGGGAGAAGCAGACAUACGUCCCAGCUCCCGCCCAAUCAACUGCUGAAUCUGCCGUUGCCCCCGGUGACAACGCCACCCCCUCUGACACACCUCCUGCUGCCCCCGGAGGAAAGGAGAAGAAGGACAAGCCCAAAAACAAGACUGCACAACAGAUAGCGAAAGACAUGGAGCGCUGGGCUAAGAGUCUGAACCGACAGAAGGAGAAUGUUCGCUCUCUCUCGUCCUCUUCCCCUUCCUCCUCCACGACCCCUGUGGCUUCGCUGGCUCCUCCCCCGGGUUAUGCCAGGACACCUGGACACGGACGCUUUGAUGACCGCAGAGAGUCUGCCAGCGCAGACGCUGGAUAUGCCGUCCUGGAGAAAAAGGGGGCGUUGUCUGAAAGACCUCAGAUCCUCCUGGACCAGCUUAGACACACAGAUCACAGAGAGCGCUCUCCUCCUCAGGUGCAGGGUUUGGUUCCGGCCUACAGUGGCGAGACUGACAGCGAGGGGGAAGAGGGAGGAGACCGGGAUGAGAGGGAUGAGAGGUUGACUGACUGGGCUAAGCUGGCCUGUCUGCUCUGUAGAAGACAGUUCCCCAGCAAAGAGGCUUUAAUACGACAUCAGCAGCUCUCUGAGCUACACAAGCAAAACUUGGAGCAGAGGAGGUGUCAACAGGAGGCGGGGGAGAAGAGGGACCAAGGAGGGCUGUCCAAUGAGCCACCAGAUCCAAAGAAGAAAAGGUUCAGCCCUCUUGAUGGUACUCAGGGAGCCAGGAUGCUGCAGGGAGGGAUGAAGAAAGGACUGUUGCUACACAACCUACAAGUGGACUGAUGUCCGACCUCUAACCCAGCACCACAUAUUACAACCCAGCACCACAUAUAACAACCCAGCACCACAUAUUACAACCCAGCUCAACAUAUUACAACCCAGCUCAACAUAUUACAACCCAGCUCAACAUAUAACAAACCAGCUCAACAUAUUACAACCCAGCUCAACAUAUUACAGCGCAGCACAGCAUACUACAGCGCAGCACAGCAUACUACAACUCAACACAGCAUACUGCAACUCAAUACAACCUAUUACAACACAGCACAGCAUUUUACAUCAUAGCAUUGAAACAACACUCUUUGACUAGCUAUUUCCUUAAUGGCGUCCUUUCCCCGUAAUGGAAUUCCUUAGGCCUGAGCCCUUGUCUAAAGUAGUACACUACGUAGGGAAUAGAGUGCCAUUUGUGAGGCAGCCUCCUUCACUGCUACAGAGAUCUACUAGAAAAGACAUUGUGUUGGAGUGAAUGGAGGGAGGCAGCAAGACCUGGUUACCAAGGACAACUACUCAACUCUGAUCUCGACACUGGAGGUCGCACAUUUGACCCAUUACUGGGGCUGCAGGAUGAUCCGAGACAUCAGCGCUAUAGGAUGACGUAGGACCACUGCUAUAGGAGGAUAAAGAAUCAACUCUAUAGGACAAUUUAGGAACAGUUGGGUGGUACAAUAUAGGAUCAACGCUCUAGGACAAUAUAGAAUUGCUGCUAUAUGAUCAACAUCACAGAACGAUAUAGGAUUAACACCAUAGGAUCGAUGAUGUAGAAUUGACGAUAUAGGAGAUCAGUCGUCACCCACGGUAGCCAGUCACAGAUAAUAGAGAAAUAGGUUUUAGCAUCACUAAAGAAAACGUCUAUGCACCACAUUGAUUUUACAGUGAGUGAUUAGGACGUGUCUUAAAGGGCACCCCCAAUGGACGUGUCUUAACACUAGAAUCGCCAAAUGCCUAUGCCAAUUGGCAUUUUAGUUUGUAAUUAAAAUAAACCUGCCAUUUUGAAAGCUACACUCCCCCAUGACUUUUCCUGAAUAAGUCAUAUAUUUCAUUAUGUUGUCAGAAUUCUAAACUGACUAACGGAAAACUUUUAAGACUAUUUACCUGUUUUUUUAUCCCACAACAGCCCGUGGUACUUAGCGUUGGUACCCAGGCAGCCGCUUAUGGUACCCAGGCAGCCGCUAAUGGUACCCAGGCAGCCGCUAAUGGUACCCAGGCGCUAAUCACCCCUCACUGAAUGAAUGACGUCAAUGGAUGAAUGGGCGAUACUCCCAGAUGAAAGAUAGAGACUUGGCUGAAUUUGAAUUAAGUUACAAAUUAAAUACAAGAUUUCCAUGACCAUUCAACAAAUGAUCUAGGCUGUUUUUGAAACAUAAUACAAAUGAUUAUACACUUUCGACAAUUCAGCAUCAACUCGGUGGCCCCACUAGAAACCCUGGGAGAGUCCUGCAAAGACACUCUGUUUGACCUUGUCUUUUUCUAUCUUAUAACUUAUUCAUGUCACCUAUAGACAAACCGUAUAUGCCAAUCAUCUAGGAGACUAGAGAUAUUAAUUGGCCUUGAAAUCCACUAGAUAGCCCCACUAGAAACCCAGGGAGAGACCUGCCAAUACGUGCCAUUCGCAUAGCCUAUUCAUUUGGAGAAAUGGACUCCUCGGUUUUUCGAUAUAUUUUUCAUGUCACCUAUAGACAAUUCAUGUCACCUAUAGAUUGGCUGUGUAAUUUUCACUUUGUAAAUUUUCACCUAAUAAAUGGAUGAAAAUACUGUAGCCUGUGUUCUUAGAAAUAAUCGUUCUUUGUAUUAUUUUCUUAAUAAUUUGUUUUCAUAUGAUAAACCCUGCAUUACAAACACAUUCUUGAAUUCUUCAAAUUCAUUAGCCAUUUUAAACAAUCAAAUUCUGUAAUUCAUCAUUUCUUUUUACAUAGUUUGAUGAAGACCCGGUAGAUGAACUGAUGCUCUGUCUGGAUGGUGACGCGGCCGAGGAGAACGUCCAUGCUAAUAGGGACGAUUCGUAUGCUCUGGUGGAUCCCAGGGGUCUGAAAGGCUUGGCGGUUCUAGUGUUAAAGGGUAACCCCUAAUCGUGCCCUAUUCCCUGCUCCACCAUUGACCAGGAUCCAUAACAGUGUAAUGAAUAGGGUGCAAUUUGGGAUGGAAACCAAGUGUCGGAUUUGUUGUAUUUUUUGUGGCAGAUUUUAAAUUGAGCACUUUUAUAAACCCGGUAGAAAUGUGAAGGGAAACGAUUGCCUCUUCUGGCCCCCUGAUGAAUGUGUGUUGCUAACACUAUACACUAUAAAGUAGUCCUGUGACUCUGAUGUGUGUAAAAACUAUGACAUUUGAUUACUUCAAAGUGUAAUUCUGUAUUUGUUUCUGGAUAAAAAAAUAGAUGAUGUUUUGAAGUAUUGA